AAGCAAAAUAUUCAUUUUCACUUUGACGGCUGUGCUAAGUCGUUGGUCGAUGUCUCUAAAGCAAGCAAGAUAACGACGCUUCACUUUCUUCUCUACAUAAACGUUCUAAGUUCUGUACUUCUCAAUCAUUUAGGCGGGUUGAGUAGAUGGCAAGUAAAUCAACUCAUAUCAGUAUGUCAAGAGAUACGACGAUAUACGGGAGGUUUUAUCAGAACAACGAAAGCAGUUAAUCGCAGAAACCAGAGCACAAUCAAUGGAAUACUUCCUGUAUGUGCGCAGUCAUAUGAGUUGCUAGUCUGCGGGCUCAGCAACAUUAGACUGCACUCUAAGUUUCUGUAUUUUGGAUUAUUUUCGAUGUUUCCGGUUUCAGGCUCGUAUUCGUAUUCGCAUUUAAGGAUUUGUGAUAUUUGUGAUAUUUGUGAUCAAUUCAUUUGUGCACAUAAAAUACUUUUGGAUAAAAAAUACUGCAUUGCUCCAACUUAUGCAUUUUCGUAGUCAAUACCCGUCCGUUUAGGUUUUAGUGAUGUGUGUGGGUGUCUUUACCUAUCUGAAUAUUUGCUAAUCUCGUAGACAUAAUCUUGUGAUAAAAGUUCUUAUCAGAGCACAAAUAAAUUUAAUUGUAUCUGCUUACUCAAGCAAACACAAACAAAAAAUUUUUAGUGAUGUGAUGAUUUUAAUUGCUCAAUACUAGAAUCACCAUAAAAAAAUAAAUUUAUACAUAAUACGCAAUACAUAAAAAAGAUUAUACGUUGAGACUUAAAGCGCAUUCUAGUCUUAUCCAGAUCCCCAGAAAAACUAACGUUAGUCAAUAUUAUUUAAAUGGAACUGCAUUCUAUUAAUAACACACAUCGGGAAACAAAUAUGCCUCGAAAUCCGUUGGAAACCUCGUUGAUACCUUCGCCGGGUGGUAUCCGUCGAACUCCGCGAUCAGCUGCGGCUGUAGCAACUGCCGGAGUUCAAAGGAGACGCGUAAUUAAAAAGCACAUUCAACAAAAGUACUUGCUGUGUGGGUUCGCUAUACAUGCGUUCUUGUCUACUCCUGCUUAUCUCUACGGUAACAUUGUGGAGUCUGAUAAAGAUUUGGUGUUGCGUAUCUGGCCAGCGAUAGUUUUUCAAGCAACCGGUCAACUGUGCCGUUCAAUAUUAGACCAUUUGGAUACGGAAUAUCGUGGUCGUCCACGUGAAACUUCCCAGUAUCGGCGCGUAUUCCUAUUUGCGACUGCAAUCACCUGUGUUUCGCUAAUGAUAAGUGGCUUUUUCUUCUCCUCGGCAUGGGUUACUGUCACAACAACAACACAAGCAAUAGCAAUCGUUUUCUAUGGUUUUUUCGCUGGCGUUGGUUCCAGCCUAUUUAUCUGGAAAACACACGUAAUAUUCGAAGCAGUUCGUCCACGCGAAGACAAAUUCGUGCGUAAAACAAUUCAAUUAUGCGGUGAGGCAUUUUGUCAACUAUUCUUAUCGUUUGUUUUUACCAGUCUUCGAACACUUUAUGGUACUGCACAAUCUAUUGUCCUCAUGUCAGCACUCUUGGUAAAUUUAAUACCAAUUAGCUUGAUUAUUACACGGCACCACGAAGGAGCCAUUACAAAGCGCAUUUCGGUAAUAAAAGCAGAAACCGCAUUUACCCCAUUGCACCACCAACUUGGAAGGUUUUCUUCUAAUUUCGCCGAUCAAAUGGAUGGCAUUGAAAUGCAAUUGCAACGCAGUUGGAAGAAUCCAAUAAUAGAUCAUCAUACAGCAGCAGCAUUAGUGGCAGCAACGGCGGACACGCACGACUACUUAUUACCGACCGACUAUGUGACCUUUGUAAAUCCAAACGGCGUGGAGAUAAUGGAAAUUAUUCCCGAAGAAGAUGAAAACGUUUCAGUUAUUCGUUCUAGCACAGCAACGAUCGAUAAUUAUGGACGUGUGAGCGUUGGUGCAUCUCAAAACAUGAAUAAAUCUAAUUCAAAUGGGCUGCAUCAUGUGGACACGGUUGAAGCUGGAAAUUUGGAGAAAUUACAACAGUUCUCUCGAAAUGUUACUUCCCACAUCUUGAGCAAUUUAAUAGACAAGAUCGUAUCGCCAUUGAAACAUGCUUUACUUAUUCCAAAACUUUAUAGUACUACGUUUUAUCUAUCGGCUGACAUAUUUUCGUACGUUAUGUGCUUAACUGUAUUACCAAGCCUAGCUGUGAGCCAUCAUGCUCUGAAAAAUGCCGAAAUUCCUUUCUUGUUUUCGUUGCUAGCAUUUCCAUGGAUGUGCUUUUCCUUAAUGACACCUCGAUUCGGAAAUAGUCUUUAUAAGCGAAAAAUUCAGUGGCACACAUUAGGCUGUAUUUGCAAAGGAUUAGCUCUUAUAUUUAUAAGUUUCUCUACUUCAAAGCUGCUACUCAGCGUUUCCUCUGUACUUUUGGGGUUUGGACAGGCAGUAACUCUUUUUUUACAAGAGGAAGUUUUUCAAAUGAGUAUGUCGCGAGCGCAAUGGAAUGCGAUUCGGUUUCCAGUACAUUUAACAAAUUCCUUCCUAAUACUUCUAUGGGGCGCCCUUGCACAUUGGGUUGUGGAACAUUUCUCAUUCCAAGCGAGCGUAGGCUUUUCUGGUACGCUUUAUAGUUCUUCAGUAUUACUUUUCUUUGUUGUCUUUUAAAAACCUCUAGUAUUGUUUGGUUUGCAAAAAAAUUCAAUAUUUAUGUUAAAAAGAUUCUUAAUAUUACAUAUGAAAUUAAUUUAGU